UGGUGUCGUUUGAUUUCUUCGUCGAUGCGGUGGCUCGCUUGAUUGAUUUGGCCAGACCUGUAAUUUUUUCUGGUGUACGGUGCUGGUUGAUGCCGUCUCUGAUGUGGGUUGUUAAUUCUUCCAUCAGAUCUGGUCAAUUUUUUUUUGUUUGAGUUGUUUGUGGUCGGUGUCUUAGUCUGUACUAUUCAUCUCUUACUUGGUUUGGCUAAUCGAAAGGCUCUGGUUUAUGUCUCCCCAUGGUUGGGGCUGUUGUCUCUGAGAAGAGGUGGUUCACAUAACACCAUCUUCGCCAGCUUGCCUCUCCGGGAAGAGGCGAUUCCCUUACGCCAUCUUCGACGGCCGGUUCCAUUCUGUUUUAGUUGAUCUCCGGUUCGCGCUGUCUUAUGUCUACUCUUGCGUGUUGGAAGAUUAGAGCUUUGGAUUCAAUCUUUCUUCUCCAGUUUGGCUUAGCUGGUGGUGGUGGUUCGACUUGCUCUGUGAAUCCGGAGUAAUCUCAGGCCUGGCGUUACAGAAGUUUCGUGGUGGGAGAAGAGGAUUUCUUCCUCUUUGAUUAUUGUGUGGGCUUAAAGGUUUGGUUUAGUCUAAUGGAUGUUUUAUUUUGGGCUUUGUUUGCCUUUCGGUUUGUUGUUUGUGUUGGACUUGUCCUUUUGGACUUGAUCUUUUUAUAAAAUUCCAGAUGACAAAAAAAAAAAAAAAUGAGGCUUAUCAAUUAGUGUCCGUGUUUUAAAUCAAGCGAACUGAGAGUUCUUCUUCUUCAUCUUUGCUUCUUCCCCACCGAGAAAUCUAUUUUGUCGGAGAAGGUUACGGUGGGUUUCGUCGUAUACUUCCUCACCUCCCUGCUCAGAAGUUCAGGGCUUAAAGGCAGUAGGCAUGGAUGGUGAAAGCUCGAGUAAAAUGAUCUUCGACAGUUUAAGCAAUCUACCUGAUUCCUUGCUAUGCAAGAUACUCUCUGACCUUACCACCAAGGAAUCGGUUCGCACCAGCGUCUUAUCAAAACGAUGGAGGAAUCUCUGGUUGAAUGUUCCAUCUUUGAACUUAGAUUCCAACAAUUUCUCAGAUGAUGAUGUUUUUGUGAGUUUCAUGGAUAGGUUUCUGUGUUCUUUUGCGAACGAGCAACACUUGGAGAGAUUCAAGCUGAUCUAUGAGUUGGACGAGCAUGAUUCAUCUCGUUUCGAGUCUUGGAUCAGUGCUGCGAUUAGGCGUAAGGUUCGUCAUCUUGAUGUUCACAAUGAGGUGGACGAUGAUGAGUUCGUUAAGAUGCCUCCGUCUCUCUAUUCCUGUGAGAGAUUGGCGAGCUUAAAUCUCUACUGCGUGUUCUUGGUUCAUCCUGAAUCUGUAUCCUUGCCUUGUGUCAAGAUUAUGCAACUAGAGAUGGUCUUCUACGAUGGUGAUUCGACUCUGGAGACUUUGAUAUCGAGCUGUCCUGUUCUCGAGGAGUUGACCAUAUACCGUGACCCCAAUGAUUCUCUGAUGGCUGUGCGUGUGCGUUCCCAGUCACUGAAGAGCUUCAAAAUAGAGUGUGAGCGUUACGAAAGUGAAGGUCAUGCUGUUGUAAUUGCUGCUCCAAGGCUUGAGCGUAUGACUCUCAGUGAUCAUCGAUCUGAGAACUUCAUCAUAAACAGUAUUGGUCCCUCUGCAAAGGUAGACAUUAAUGUUCUCUUUAAUGUGGAAUAUGGUGAGUCACUGGAACCAGAUGACUCUUCCAAAGUAGCUAUGAUACGUAAAUUUCUCACCGGGUUAUCUACCGUCAGGGACAUGAUCAUCUCUGCUGACACUCUAGAUGUCAUUCAUGAUUACUGUGAAUUGGAAAAGCUACCUCAGUUCUCCAACUUGUCUUGCUUGCAUGCUUGCUUCCAAAACACUGCGUGGGAAAUGUUGCCAACCUUCCUUGAGAGUUGCCCAAAUCUACACUCUCUCGUCCUGGAAUUCACUUAUCUUCCAGAUAAUGAGCAGGUUGAUCUUUCAUCAGUGCCACAAUGUUUCAAAUCAUCUCUUGAGUUUGUUCACCUGAAGACACCUUACGUUGUAAGCAUGCAAAAGGAAGGGAGACCACUCACAGGAACCUCCAGUAAAAUGAAAUUAGCAAAAUACUUUCUAGAGAAUGGUGCAGCUCUCAAGAGACUGACUCUGAGUCGGAGUUUCUGUAACAUCGUUAGUGAAAUCAAAUCUAUUCCAAGAAGCUCUACGGGGUGUGAAAUUGUCAUGGAUUAGUUGAUGCAAGCUUAUGAUUGUUGUUCCUUGUUCAAUGCUCUUUACUUAUUAUUUUAUUUGAGUCUGAACUUUUACUUUUCCA